UUUUGAAUGUUCGGCGCGGUUUAGCUCCAGCGGUUUUGUUGUGACAGCAGAGAGAAACUCAGAAUGACCUCCACUGCCUCAUCCAGCGACGAAGGCGCAUUUAAAACCCCUAAAGCUGUCCGAGUGAGGAGCUCUGGAAGCAGCGGAGGCACCCCCAUCACCAUCCCCGCCUCGCCGUUCAUGAAGAAGCUGGGCUGUGGGACCGGAGUCAAUGUUUACCUCAUGAAAAGGGUGGGAAAACUGAAUGCAUCUCCCUGGGCUGUAAAGAAGAUCAACAGUAAAUGUGCAACCAAACAGGUGGCUGUUUACCAGCAGCGCCUCAACGAGGAGGCAAAAGUCCUGAAGGGACUCAAUCACCCAAACAUUAUUGGUUUCCGAGCCUUUGCUACGGCUAAGGACGGCUCCAAGUGUCUGGCCAUGGAGUACGGAGGAGAGCAGUCCCUCAAUGACAUGAUAGAAAAGAGGAAGGACGAAGGUCUGAAGGCUUUCCCUGCCGCCAACAUAGAGAAAGUGGCGCUGCAUGUGGCCCGCGGCCUGCAGUAUCUGCACAAUGAGAAGAAGCUGCUGCACGGCGACAUGAAGUCAUGUAAUGUGGUCAUCAAGGGCGACUUUGAAACAGUGAAAAUCUGUGACGUUGGUGUUUCUCUGCAGCUGGAUGAGAACUUGAGAGUGUCUGAUCCAAAAGCAGAAUACAUCGGCACAGAGCCGUGGAACCCCAAGGAAACUCUGGAGGAGGGAGGAGAGAUCACCGACAAGGCCGACAUCUUCGCCUAUGGCCUGACUCUGUGGGAGAUGAUGACGCUGGCGAUGCCUCAUCUGGAGAUGCUGGAUGAUGAUGACGAUGAGGAGGGUGAAGAAGAUUCUAUGGAAGAGAGUUUCGAUGAGGACGCCUACUAUGAGCGGUUGGGAACAAGGCCGUCUCUGGACAGCGAGGCUCUGGGCGGUUCGUACCGGAGGAUGGUGGAGCUCUUCUAUCUCUGCACAGAAGAAAACCCCAAGAAGAGACCAUCAGCUGCCCAGAUUGUCCAGGCGCUAGAAAGCAACGCCCCACUGGACAAAACACCCUGUGAGGUGAUUGUUAUUGACUGAUUGACAAAACCAGUUAUCAAUUUCAUGUCAGAGCUGCAGGUUAAGAAUGCUGUGGUCUGUCAGGAGUUUGGUAAAUGUCGGGAUAAUAAUUUUUUUCUGUCAGGGAUAAAACUUGGAGAAUACUUGAUAACCUGUUUUCACUGACAGUCUUUUGCAAUAAUUUAAAAACCAAGAUUCUGACCUUGGCUAAAUGUUGAAUCAUAGCCAUCAUUUCUUUGUAUGUUUUCUUUCUAUCUUAUACUGUCUAUCUUUAUACUAUGAAUGUUUUCACUUUCAUUAUCUAUUACUCCACUACUGUAAGUGUAAACUGCUACAAUUCUUGCUUUCAUCACUUAAUUAGACUGAAAGCCUGGACACAGUUUUUUUUUUAUUGUAUUUUUUCUGAAAGGCAAAAAGUAUAAAUGGAUGUUGUCUUAA